AUGCUACUCCAAAAAGCUAUGGUCAAGUGGAAUCGAGAUGGCGAUCUGAAUUUGAAAUAUUAUCACAAAUUGAUCAAAGGGAGAUUUAGGAGGAAAUAUAUUGGAAUGGUUGAAGCUGAAAAUGGUAUGGUAGACUUAGUUGAGAAUGUAAAAGAGGUUGUUAGAAGUUUCAAUGACAAGUUUACUAAACCAGAAUCGAACAAACUCUUGUUGGAAGGUUGUUCUUUUAAAACCUUAUAUGUGGCUGAAGCAGAGCAUUUUGAGGCUCCUUUCAUCGAGGACGAAAUCAAACCAUCUGUUUGGAGCUGUGAUGGAGCAAAACUUUGGGGCCCGGAUGACUUCAAUUUUGUGUUCAUUAAGAAGUGUUGGUUCAUUUUGAAGGAGGAUAUAACUUUGUUUGUGCAUGAUUUUCAUCGUCAUGCUUACCUUCCUAAAGUUGUUACAUCUUCUUUGUUGACCCUCAUCCUCAAGGUAGCUCACCCCAUCAAUCUUGGUGAGUAUAGACUCAUAUGUUUGGUAGGAAGUUUGUAUAAAAUCUUGGCUAAAUUGUUGGCAGCUAGGUUAAAAAGGGUAAUUGAUGGUCUCAUUUCUCAUUGUCAAACAAUAUUCAUUCAUGGUAUGAAAUUGUUGGAUAGAGUUUAG